ACAAACGCCAGUAUUUAGUUAGAGGCUUGGGGAGAAAACUGACAUGAGCUUCAUGCUUGUGGUUUUUACUCCCCACCUCUCUCUCUCUCUCUCUCUCUCUCUCUCUCUCUCACUCACUCACUCACUCACUCACUCACUCUCUUUCUCUCUCAGCUCCCCAGUAGCUUUUUGUUGCUGCUUUUGCCUUCUCCACCUUAAAUAUAUGCAUGUAGGUUAAAUGAGUACCUGAUGAAAUAAAGCCCGUCUCCCCACCCCCGGGUUACACGGUGAGGGGAAAUCCGAUAGCGGAGAGGAAAAGUGGCCGCGCUGAAAAAAAGCUCCGGCUUUCGGAAUUCCUCCGGCUCUGCUCUUUCCUCUCCCCCACUUUCCCCUGCUCUAUCCCGGCAGAGAUGAUCAGUAGCACCGCUCUUGAUGUGACCAGCAGAAGAGCAAUGUAAGCAGUGGUUUUAGAGCUUGGCUGUACCAAUGAGGCUGUUUAAAUUUCGCUCAGAUAUCCAGUACCCACAGAGCUCUACAUUUUUCAUAAGCCACAGGACUGGCUUAAAGAUGCAGUGGACCCCAGAGCAUGCGCAGUGGGCAGAGCAGCAUUUCGACAUCUCCUCAACAACCCGCUCCCCAGCCCACAAAGCUGAGGCAUAUCGUGGACACCUGCAGAGGACCUACCAGUAUGCGUGGGCCAACGAUGACAUCUCCGCCCUCACCGCCUCCAACCUCCUGAAGAAAUAUGCUGAAAAGUACUCUGGGAUCCUGGAGGGUCCCAGUGAGAGGGCACUCCUGUGCUCAUAUUCAGAGAGUGCCCCAGGACUCCUUAAUGGACGCAAGUCCGAAAGCGACGUUUGGCAAGAGGGCAUCUACCCCAUGAACUGCACCGCAGAUGUGAUAUCUGCAAGCAAGGCUGUAGUGCCAGCUGCUUUACCGUCAGCGGACAGUGCAGCCAACAUUGGCAGCUCAUCAGGGGUGGCAAGCAGCCUGAGUGAACCCAGCUACUCCAGUAGCAGUUGUGGGAGCCACACGCCUGCUGCCCUGCACUCGGGGAUCCCUUCUCAGGAGUUUGCGAGUGGCUACAAUGGCACUUACCUGCAUUCCACCUAUAGUGGUGGGCAAAGCACCCCAGCCUUGCCCUCCCCACAUCCCUCACCUUUGCACAGCAGUGGGCUUCUUCAGCCGCCUCCACCCCCUCCUCCCCCUCCUCCAACACUGGUGCCUAGCUAUAAUGCAGGUUCACCUAACCUCUCCAGUUACAACUACCCUCCUACAGCAUAUCCCCCCCAGGCUUCUGUUGCUCCAGGCUACAGCCCUGGAGGAGCCCCUGCUCCAUCAGCCUACUUGCCCUCAGGCAUUGCAGCUCCCACUCCACUACCCCCCUCUACCAUUCCUGGCUAUUCCUACCAGUCCCACAACCAUGCACCUAUUGCACCAACACCUUUGAAUGGCAGCUCAGCCAACUCACUGAAAAGAAAAGCUUUCUACAUGACAGGACAAGGAGACAUGGACUCCAGUUAUGGAAAUUUCAGUUACAACCAACAGCGCUCAACUCAAAGUCCUAUGUACAGAAUGCCAGAGAGCAACCUUGCUGACUCAAGCAGAGGGAAUGGAUUUGACAGAAAUGCUGACACCACGUCUUUGCCAUUUAAGCCUACAAAGCAGCCAAUGUCCUCAGAUCAACAGCGUAAAUUCAGCAGUCAGUCUGGCAGAGCUAUCACCCCGCCAUCCUACGGUGCAUCCAAAGGUUCCAUGGGGUCAGUGCGAUCAGGCGAGUCUUUUGGGAAGUUCAGUUCACCGGUUUUGAAUGAGCACAAUGAGGAGCACAGGCAGCACUUGCCACAUUCCAUUGGCACAGUUCCCUCAAGUGGCCACCCGGCUGAAGAGCAGCUGAAAAAUAGUGACUCCAGCCUGGUGGAGAUGGUCACCACUGAGGUCCUCCAGCAGAUGCCCCCUGUUGACUGGAGUGACAUUGUAGGGCUGGAGCUGGUCAAGGCCACAAUUAAAGAGGAGGUUUUGUGGCCCAUCCUGAGGCCAGACAUGUUCAGUGGCCUGGCACCGUUACCACGCAGCAUCCUUUUCUUUGGACCUCAGGGCACUGGGCGGACAUUGCUGGCACGCUGUGUGGCUAGCCAGCUGGGUGCUGCGUUCCUUCAACUCAGUGGAUCAGCACUAGUUAGUAAGUGGCUGGGGGAGGGUGAGAAGGUGGUGCAGGCUUCGUUUCUUGUAGCUCGCUGCCGGCAACCUUCAGUAAUAUUUGUUAGUGAUGUAGAUCUCUUACUGUCACCACAGUUAAGUGAGGAAAGCCCGGUAAAUCGUAUCAAGAGUGAACUUCUCCUACAACUGGAUGGAGUGCUCAGCUCAACAGAGGAUCAUGUCUUGGUCAUCUGCUCCACAAGCAAGCCUGAGGAAAUAGAUGAAGCUCUGCGUAGAUACUUUGUAAAGAGGUUGCUCAUCCCACUCCCAGACACCACGGCACGACACCAGCUCAUCAGUCAGGUGCUCUCCCAGCACAACUACUGCCUCAGUGACAAAGAGGUGGCACUGCUUGUCCAGCGGACAGAGGGAUUCUCGGGGUUGGACCUGGUUCGUCUUUGCCAGGAAGCCAUUGUCGGACCCUUGCACAGCAUGCCUGGCACAGAACUGUCUGGAAUCAUACCAGGGCAGAUGAGGCCACUAUCUUACCAAGACUUUGAAAAUGUCUUUUGCAAAAUUCAACCCAGCAUAUCACAGAAAGAACUGGACACAUACACUGAGUGGAACAAAAUGUUUGGCUGUAGUCAGUGAAAUGGGAGGUUAAGGGGGCCAUAUAGGGUGACUUCUCCUCCUGUAAGGAGAGGAUACAAUUCAGAAUUCUUUGGGUGAAAAUUACAAUGUUGAAGGGUGGGUAUUACUAAUGACCCUUAAAUAACAUCUGGAAUGACACUCUAAAAGACCUGAUUGAUGCAUAGUCAAUAUAAGGCCCUUUGCACGUAGUCUAAAAGAAAGUCCACAAUUUGGCUCAACACUGCUGAAGCUGAGCGUCACUUGCUGAAGUGCACUGUCACUGAAAUUACCACAAAGACAAACUCCAUUGUGUGUAUAUAUAUAUCAUUCUGCUGUUUUUGAGAUUCUGUUGCUAUUAAGUGCCUAAAGUGGUGCUUUAUUAUUUUGUAUUUUGGUUGGUUUGCCUCACAAUCUACAUUGGUGGCAUGUGCUAAUAUAAAAAGCUUUAACCUGAGACUAAAAAGAACAAAACAACCGUAUUCCUCAACUGAGUCUGAUCUGUAGGCCCUAUGUGGGCAUAAGAAGUUCUUGUGGCAUUUAUAAUCUCGGCCCUAAUUUAUGGACUUUGUUUGCUUUUGAUUUCCUUCAAAAACUCAGGAACAUGAUUGUGAUUUGUACAGUACCUCAAAAGAUUGUGUCAAAGCACUACAUAUUGGGUUUGGAUUUUGAUUUGCAUUGAGCUAAAAAUCUCACCUCAACUGACUAAAACAUGGAUAUGACUAUGAAUGUAACCAGAUCAUUUCUGGACUAUUUGGGGAAAAUGUGUUUAUCUUUUUUUCCCUUUUUUGUCAAUUAUUGAAGUUAAAAUUAAAUAUGAAUUCCAUAGUGAGUAUCUUGAAACAGAGGGAUGAACAAUGAAGAAUUCUGAAUUGUGGCAGUCUUGAAUACAGCACCCUGUUCCCAUGCAUAGCACAAUGCUCACUCUAUAGUGCAUAUGUAAUCAAAGUUCAAUUCUAAGCCUUAGCUACGAAAGAGAAGUUGCAGGGGACCACACAGUUUGCAUUUGGUGAAAUUGGGUAUGUAAUCAAUGAAGAGAAAAGACAGACUCAUUGCAGUGAACCAAAACUUUUACACAGACCACCACAUAUUAUAUUUAAGGGAUUAAAACACAUAUUUGUAUUUGUAAGUAUUGUUUUUAACCCUGUUCUGCUGCUGUGUGUCAUUCAUGUAACAAUCCUGAAGGAUCAUGUGUAACCUGUGUUCUUUUCUACCUCAGUUCAUCACUGUUUUCUUUCAAAGCAAAAAUUAAAGAGGCUAGCUUGACGUCCUAAACUCUCUAGGCUCACUCACCGAGAAGAAAGUCUGCUUAUAGAACUAGCUGCUCAAAAGAAUUAAAUGCAACUGACACUGGCUGUGCAGUUCUUCUUCUCACAAUAUAUAGUGCAGCCUCCCUUCAUAUACAUGCUCCAUGGGUUUUGUGUUGCACUCAGAGGGCACGAUUCUCCAGUCAUUGCACUCCCCUUUUGGUGUUCCUGUUUCAUAUUGCUGGCAGCUUUUUUCUUUACUAACAUUCAACGCUAGUCACAUGACCGGGUAGUACCAAUGGGGACACUGGAGACAAGCUUGCACCUGUGUUUACAGCACGUGAGGAAAAGUCAAAGAAGGCCUUGUGUUGAAUGUAUGUUUGUGUUUGUUUGUUUACUCACCCCCAAUGACCACCCCUCCCCCCACCUUUUAUCCUGUGAGUAUUUCAUGUUUGCCAUUUUGUGAAGCACUAGUGAGUGGAGUGGUGCAGGACUGCCUAUGUACAGCACUGAAGGAGAUGCUCAAAGGAUGGCUGUCCUGUUUCGUUUUCCCCUCACUGUUUAUCCUAGGCCCUUAUUGCAUACAUAGACGAUCUGCAACGCGAUUGAGGAUGUCAUGCAUUCUUGGGUGUUGGCAUAGUCCCUUUUUACUUUUCAACACUGCAAUGUUUUCCUGUCAAAGGUGCUUAGUGGCUGGAGCUAACAUUUCCUCCACUACAUGUACAUGUGACUUAACCAUGCACAAAUACUCAUGCAUUUUAUAAUAGGCAUCUAGUUUGUAUUUAGCAGCUGUAAAAUACCAUUUAUUUUACCAUUCUGCAUUAAUAAUGUGAUCAAGAUGAAACUUACUAAGAUGUCAAGCAUGUUUGGUGUCUGUCCAGUAGAACACCUUCAGAUUUGGUCUGGUCCUGUUACUAUAGUAAAUGUUAACAUUUUAAUUUAUCAAAUGCACUUUUGGUUUAAUGUUUAUCAUUUGAAAGCAUCAUCUUUGCACCAAAGCAAAUAGAACCAAUUUACUUCAACAGACAUAUCCAAAAUGAAAGCCUAUGCGCAACUAAUUUAUAAAACAUAGCAUACAAUAGCAACUCCCCAUUCUAGUCUAGUGGUGUAGUUUCCACAUUUAUUUCAACAUCCGGAAUAAUAAAGUACUGUGAGUACUUAAGCCAAAUUGCACUGAUGCUCAGAGCCACUCUUACAUGUUUCGAAUAAUUCUUUUGUAUCAUUAUUAUUACUGUUUUGCUGUGGGAAUGAUCCACCGGCAUUCACUUCUGCAGCAUCCCUCUGAAAUCUGGACAGAUCCUUUGUGACUUGGAGGUUAUUGUGGAAGCCCCUGAUUACUGCUGAUUACAAAAGCAUUAAGUUUAAGACAACAUUAGUGAAAAGUACAGUGAAAAGGUUUAAAGCACACCUUUUCUCAAUCAUCACGAAUCAUUUGGAUUUGCCUCUUUUUUUCUAUCCCUCUAAUUGUUUUUCGUCCUGCAUUCUUCUGCACUCUUCUAGUUGUUGCUGUCAUAUCAAUUUUCUAUUUCAGACAUUGAUCUCUAAGACCAUUUCUACCUCAUUGCUACAUACACACAUGUAGUACCUAUGUUCUGUCUUUUUUGAAUGUCAUGCAUUUGUAUAAAAGGCAAAAAAAAAAAAUAAUGUAAACAAAAAAAAAAAAAAGGAAAAAAAUAUAUAAACGUGGAAAAAAGCUUGUCCUUGAACUUGAGCAGUCUACCUCAGAAAGACUGUCCCUACACUGAGCAGUUUAGUAGAUGGGCAAAUGAUGAGACACACUAGAGAGUGUUGAGGUAAAGAUAUUGCACACAGUUGUAACUUUAAAACACUUUGAAAUCUACUUACAAAAAAUAAAUAAAUAAAAAAAUUAAAAAAAAUUAAAAAAAUUAAAAAAAAAAAAACCCACAAUGGGUAAAGGAUAUUGUGGGCUGUAUAGGUCUUCUUCAAGGUCUCUAAAAUGCAGAUUCAGUUUUUGGAUUAUAAUAAAAUCGCUUUACUCCUUUGUGAAAUGUAGUGUGCAUGUGAAUGUGUGUAUGUCUGUGUGUGUGCGCGUGUGUGUAUGUGUGUGUGUGUGCACUUAUCAUUAAGUGUGUAAGUGUGCAUUUUUAUAUAUGAAAAUUCUAUAUGAAAUGUAAUUACAUUUCAUAUCUUGUAUUUGUACAUGAGCUACACUCGCACAUAUGUGUACUUAAUGUACAUUGUUGAUAUAACAUUUUGAAAAACACCACAUAACGUUUCUAUGUGUGUGUAUGUACAGUAUUGCCAUAACUGCAGUCGACGUAAAUGUAUUUUCAUGUAUUCAUAGGGGCAAAGGAUAAUAAAAAAUCAUUAACAUGUUUUUGAAAUUCCAGUGUAUGUGUUUUGUUUUGUUUUUUUGCCUGCUGCGUACCCGAUUUAUAAAAAUACUACCAAAUACGUCACACAUUAGAACCUUGUGGCUAUAUCAUCACUAAUCAUUUGUUGUGUGAGAAAUUAUUUACAUGUAAAGUUGGGAUGAGAGAGAAGGAAUUCUUGAGAAAGACCUAUACACUGCACAAUAAACGUUUAUCAUUAUUUUUUACCUAACAUAUCUUAAAUUAAUAGUAAUUCACAUCUGUCCCUCUGAUUACCGAUUACAUGCAUGUACUGUUGUGUGUCUUUCAUUUGUAAGGAACAUGCAGUUGCAGCAAACUAAUUAGUAACGGGAACAUUCCAAUAACAGUGUGUCCUGGUGUUCCUCUAAUACCACAACAAUUUCCCAGCAAUCAUUAUCUUUUAUUUUUUUAUAAACCUAAUGUCACAUGUUUUAUUCCUUCAUAGUCACAUUUAAUAUUGUAGAACAUUCAAGUUAGUUAUUGAUGUCACGUAUGUUCUAACAGAUAUAACCAGUCAUUCCCUUACCACCCUCACUUCCUUCCAGCGGAUGAGGCAAAAGAAAAAAUGCACAGCUUGUCUUGUUUCUGAGAAACCACAAAACCGUCCGUCCUGAAGACCCUUGUUGGAAAAGUUGCAGCUUGAACUCUUGACUGUUCCAAAGCACUGACCCUGGAGACUACUUCCAAAAAUGUUAAAUAAACUGACAGAAAAACAGUAACCCGCUUUACAAAAUUGAUUCAUGUCGGCUGUCUGCCGUACAAUUCCCUGUUAUAAUUAGUUACUAUAGAAAUAUAACGCAUUACAAGUGCAUGUGCAGCCUUGCAGCCAGACUAAUCAUCUUCUGACCAAUCAGAAUCAAGCAUUCAGCUGUGCGUGGUAUAAAAAAUAUUAAAGGAACAAAACUGCUACUGCAUUUCUAAUGACUUCUUCCUGUCAGUAGUGUAAAUCAAAGAUUGCUACACCUCAUCAAACUCUAUUAAAUGAUGUCCACACCCAGGGGCUAUUUAUAGGUGGUAGAUCAUUUCAGCUGCAGUUGUUCAGUUGAACAUUCUGCACAUGUGUUAUACUGCUGUAUAAAACAGUUUUGGUCUUUACCCUUGCUGUAAUGGUCAAAUAACAUGACAGUGGACUCAAAGGUCAAGGUUGCUGUUAAUAUGAGAGGCAUUUAACCCUUAGUUAUUUGAUGUAGUGGGUUGAUUGGCAUAUGGAAGCAUCAGUUAUAUAAAUGAUCUAUUAGUAUAUACACCAGUAUCUCAGCACUGGAGUUCUCAUAUAGACAGUCUUGAAAUGUGAUAUACUGUAAGUGUGUGAUUUAAAGUUCCUUCCAAAGAGCUAGCUGCAGCUUGCUGACCCCUUCAUGAGAGAGAAUAAAAGCUUUAAAAUCGGAGACAGAAAAAAAAUACAAAAAGUACAACAAAUAUGUCAACAAAACAAUCAACAUAUUUUUCCUUAAACUCUUACUGUGAACAUGUUCAGAACUUUACUCCUCACUAAGAAUCAUCUUGAAAGGUGACUGAUCGAUUUCCCCAAAUUUAAUACAUGCUAUAAGUCCAAUAGUUUUAUCGUUGUCUUCUCGUAUUUUUUUUUCCUUCCUUCUUUCAUUUUGUUAUAAAUAAGACAUUAAUGCUUUCGAUUUUCCACAUUGAAGGCAUAAUUAUGUAGUAGAUGCUUUGUGCGUAGGUUGCUGCUGUACAAUUAACACUGGGGAACUAGGUGCAUUUGGAGCCUGUCGCUGUUUCAUUUGUGAUCGGCUGUGUGUCAUUUCCACAGUCGUGCACAUUAAAAGAAGCCUCUCCUAAUGGAUGCAAUUCAGCAGGGUUCCCCUCAGAGACACCGCCAACACGCUCCAGCACAAUCACAAACACAAAGGUUAUCAGAGCUGCAGAUGAAGAGAUGACGAUGGGAGAUUUUUUUUUUUUUCUUUCUUCCUUUUGUCAAGGUGUCUUCUUUCCUGUUCAUAUUUAUGUCAUUUCAGCCUGUCCUUCGCUAUCUCCUCAAACACAUACAGUAAGUUUAUACUGUGCAUUAAGGGAUUAUGGAUCUCACAUAAACACACCAUUUUGAAGUGUGCUAAAUGUUUGUGAUACACAACCAUGUUUUUUUUAUUACAGCUUUUUAUUUUUAAUACAAGGACGACUGGCUCGGUGGUUAUUAAACUGUAAGUAAUUACUGAUCUGCUGCUGAGAGCUUCAUGUCUGAACCUUUUCUUCUGCAUAGGUCACUCUUCCUGUGCUGAAUCAUUCACUGAUUGAUUUUUACCUUUUGAUGAAAAGCAUUUCAGAGCAUUAAAAAAAGACUCUCAAAUGUUGCAUUUCCUUGAGCAUCCCUUAAAUUAUAUCACAGCACAUGUGACAUGAUUCCAAAUGUGUUUUCUCUCAUUAGAUGUUACAUUUAAAUCGGGUAGCACAGAGUUUAAUGAAAUAUCUCAGAAGCAGUUGUGAUCUGUUUAAAAUGAGAUUAUUAUUUGGUUCAUUAUGUGGAUGGAGCAAGACAGUGUGAUCCAUGUUCCCAGC